GUUUAUUGGGUCCGUAAAACUUCUUGAAAACCAGUAAUUGCAGUAGUAGGUAGUAGUCCUGGUAGUAUCCAAGAGGUGAAAAUCAUCUCUGCACCAUGUCUCAUCAGCAGUAUAAAAAUGGUCAUCGAUAAUCGGAAAAGGAAAAAGGUAUUCCAUCCCAUCUGCAUCGAGAUUGUGUAACUACUGGUAUCUCGAUGUUCCCGGCCGAUUCCUCCUUCCCCACGUCGCACUGCCACAGUCCAUAGCGCCGCGCCCCGCCCCGCCACCCUUGCUAGCUCUUUUUGCUUGACUCGCGCGAGCGCGCAUUUGUACCUCCAGCCCCACUAUAUAUCCACGGCAAUCUCCCGCACUUCUCUCCUCGCCCUCACCCAAGCACGCUACUGCGCUAGUGUUUGUCAGUCACACGCACCCACACCGAGGAAGCCGACCGAGCGAGUUAGCGAGGCCGGCAAUGGCGAGAGCUCACCGCAGCGGGGGGCUCCUCUUGCGCGGCGCGGCAUUCCUCACGGUCGCCGUUCUGUCGGGCAUCAUCGGCGCCGCGAGGGCGCAGCUGCGGCAGAACUUCUACGCCAGCUCGUGCCCCAGCGCGGAGUCCACCGUUCGCUCCGUCAUCUCGCAGCACCUCCAGCAGAGCUUCGCCGUCGGCCCCGGCACGCUGCGCCUAUUCUUCCACGACUGCUUCGUCCGGGGGUGCGACGCGUCGGUGAUGCUGAUGGCGCCGAACGGGGACGACGAGAGCCACAGCGGCGCAGACGCCACGCUGUCGCCGGACGCCGUGGACGCCAUCAACAAGGCCAAGGCGACCGUCGAGGCGCUCCCCGGCUGCGCCGGCAAGGUCUCCUGCGCGGACAUCCUCGCCAUGGCCGCCCGCGACGUCGUCUCCCUGUUGGGCGGGCCAAACUACGCUGUUGAGCUCGGGCGGCUGGACGGCAAGACGUUCAACAGAGCCAUCGUGAAGCACGUCCUCCCCAGCCCUGGCUUUAAUCUGAACCAGCUCAACUCCUUGUUUGCGCAGAAUGGGCUCACGCAGACGGACAUGAUCGCACUUUCAGGCGCGCACACGAUUGGGGUGACACACUGCGACAAGUUCAUCCGUCGGAUCUACACGUUCAAGCAGCGCCUGCCGUGGAACCCGCCGAUGAACUUGGAGUACCUGCGGUCGCUGCGGCGCGUGUGCCCCAUCAACUACGGCCCCACGGCGUUCGCGAUGCUGGACGUGUCGACGCCGCGCGUCUUCGACAACGCCUACUUCAACAACCUCCGGUACAACAAGGGCCUGCUGGCCUCCGACCAGGUGCUCUUCACCGACAGCCGCUCCCGCCCCACCGUCAACCUCUUCGCCGCCAACAACACCGCCUUCCAGGAGGCGUUCGUCGCCGCCAUGGCCAAGCUCGGCAGGAUCGGGAUCAAGACCGGCAGCGACGGCGAGGUGCGCCGCGUCUGCACUGCCGUCAACUAGUCGUCUAUCAUGCGUGCGUGCGUGCACGGUUGAGUUCAUUCGCGUGUUAGCUGGGUUCGUAGGUUCGUGAAAGACUUAGAAAUGAGGCGCAGACGCAUGCGUUCCUUUUCUUGUUUAUACUUUUGGGCGUGGUGGGAUUUUGUUAGCGAUUCUUUGAGCUGUGGGACGGAGGAUAGAAAUUGAGAUGUGGUUCUAAUGGAUGUUUCGUUUUGACAUGGUUGUGCUUGAAAACUUGGACGGCGUUGCGGUGCACGGUGGUGCUAGCUCGGUGUUAAAUUCAUCGAAAAAAUCGAAUGG